GACUCGGUGCUUCAUUUUGUAAUAUUUACAUACGUGUACAAAUUCAGUAAAACGUGUCGGUAACGAUGAUUCAUACGAAACGAAUAAUUCUGCGUAUCCUGUUCGACCAUUUCAAAGUACCAAUAUCAUCUUCAUUGAUACUCUUCACAUCUUUGUAAAUAGGAUAAAAUCGAUAAAUAAAACAGAGGUACUGCAGAUAUUUAUCCAGAAUGGGUAUCAAAAACAAAUCCACUAGACUCAAAGAGUUUUACGCCACAAUUGUGGCAACAAUUCCGGUCACAAUAACGGGAAUGCUGGCUGGAUUCCCUGCCUUCAUCAUGUUCCAGCUUCAGAAGGAAAUGGAUUUAACAAUCGAUGAUAUCUCUUGGUUAGUAUUCGCCGGAUAUUUUUCGUUACUGUUUGGUCCGCUCAUUGUGGUACAUCUCAUCAGCAAAUAUGGUCGAAAAACUAAUUUACGAUUGGUGCUGUGUUUAUUCAUCAUUGGAUGGAGUAUUAUAUUGGUAUCGACUAGUUUUGCGACGUUACUAAUUGGCACAGCUUUAUGUGGAAUAGCAGCUGGUGGUUCGUUACCCAUAGCAUCGACUUACAUCGCCGAAAUAUCACGAGCCCGAUACCGAGGAUCACUUCUGGCCAUGGUCUGGCUCAUGGGCAUCUUCGGUACAGCCUUCGUCUACAUCCUGGAAAUCUCGUUCACUUGGCGCGGAGUAGUCCUAAUGAUCGUGGGACUAGCAGCCUUCGGCCUCACUCAGCUCCAGGUCAUCCCCGAGUCCAGAAUGUGGCACUUGUUGAAAAAACGCAAAGAAGACGCCUUAGAAUCGACGUCGUGGUUCGAGAAUACAAAAGUGGCCGUCAAAGAGACCGAAAUCCUCCAUUCUUUGAUGUCUUUCGGUAAGAAUUUCGGCGACGAGGAUGAUCUAGAUACGGGUAUAUUAUCUUGCAAAGCUCUGAAACGUCUUCAAAUCAAGCCUUUGCUGCUGUCCUUAUCUGUGGUGAUACUGAGAUGUGGUACUGGUAAAGUUCUGUUCACCGUUUAUCCUAUACCACUGUUCACCGAUUUGGGCACUCCUUACGAUGGUAAAAUACUCGGAAUGGGGUUCGGUUUAUUGAAUUUUAUAUGCAUUUUGGCCAACAUGAUGCUGUUCUCGACCAUUGAUCGAUUCAAUCGUAAGAAUUUCUUCUUCGUGUUCAAUAUAAUCAUGAUCGUGUCUCUAACUGGGGUCAUUGUACUUCAAUCUAUGACCGAUAACUACGUUAAGCCUUUACCUGGCUUAUUGGUGUUCUUCAUGUACGUGUAUUUGAUAGCAGAGGGAACAGGAUACAGCAGUAUGCUUAAUAUAAUGGUCAUGGAAGUAGCACCGGUCACCCAGCGAAAUGUAUCCCAUACUUUACACUUCAUCGUGGGCAACGUAGUCACAGCCAUUUACGUCAAGGUCUUCCCCCUCAUUCAACCCGAUAUCCCAUUCAGAACAGCUUGCGUUUUUUUCCUCUUCAACGUGAUGAUGGUUUUACUAAUCGUUUAUUUCUAUUACCCCAACACGAGGGGGAACAUGUUCGCCGGAUACGAAAUGCAGUUUUUAAAAUCACUUCGAAAUAGUGAAAUUGAAAAACUCAUUAGCAACGAUUGGCUGCGAAACGAAGACCUGCAAGCACUGCUGACCGGAAACGAGCACUUGAAUAUCGAAGUACUCAAUUCGGAAAUCGUGACUAAGCUUAGUAAAGAAUGCGCUGACUGUAUUCGUAACCUGAUGGGUGAUCAGAAUGACAUGGUGAGGAAUUUCAUUAACGAUCAAGAGCAAAGAAUGCGAUUGGUGGAUGAGACCAAUGAAGAUGGUACUCCUUCGAUGAUGCCGAUGGUUGUGAAUCAGAUGCAACCGGUUAUACCUGAGGAGGUGUUCGAUUCGAUGAAGCAGAGUUUUAAUAGUUUCAUGGAGAACAGUCCGAUUGUGAGUAAGAAUCCGUUUUUCAAAGCUAAUAAGAGUAUGAUCAUGCAGCAGCAGGAAUGGUUAAAGAAUACCUGGUUGAAAGCUGCGAAGACUGCGGGUAAUCAGCCGAAAAGGAGCAGGUCUCCUAAAUCUGGACAGUCGUCGGGUCAGAUGAGUCCUAAAGAUGAUUAUGAUGUGUGAGGUAAAAGUUGGUACCUAUCAUUAAUUGAAUAACUAUGUAUUUAUUUGUGCUCUUGAGCCAAGAAAGUGGACAGAGCGAUGUAAAUUGGUGUAAAUAUAAAUAUAAAUAUUAGCCCUGCAUUAAAUAA